GUAGGCGGCAGCAAUGCUCCGUUGAGAGACGCGGCUUUCGGCAAGAACUGGAUUCGUGGCGCCACAAGCUCAUCCACUGUGUAGGUCCCGUUUCCCUCUGUGCGGCGGCCGGCGGGACCAUAAGGGCUUAACUCAUAUAUUUAACCCCCCUCCAAAAAGAUUUGAAAGUAUUCUUGAAGGGCUGUUUGGACCUGCAUUAUUAAAAGAUCUCAGUUUAUUUAAAGCCCGUGAACCCGAAAGCAUUUCUGAUUGGACUUUUGAUGAAAAUUGUCUGUUCUGUUGCUUGAGAAGAGAUAAAGUAAAGGGACACUUAGUCGGUCUGGAUGAACCAGCUUCGGGAGCUGGGCAAGAAGCUCUGCUUAAACAAGAGCAAGCAAAAAUCAUUCGAUUCGAGAGACAAGCAGAAGAGUUCCUCAAUGCAGUCUUUUAUAGAAAAGACAGUCCCUGGGUCUCCGACCCCAAUAUUCCCCUAGUGGCCCGUGAGAUCAUGCAGCGAAUGAUCCAACAAUUUGCUGCUGAAUAUACCUCAAAAAAUAGCUCUACUCAGGACCCCAGCCAGCCCAAUAGCACAAAGAACCAAAGCCUGCCGAAAGCAUCUCCAGUCACCACCUCUCCCACGGCUGCAACUACUCAGAACCCUGUGCUCAGCAAACUUCUCAUGGCUGACCAAGACUCACCUCUGGACCUUACUGUCAGAAAGUCUCAGUCAGAACCUAGCGAACAAGACGGUGUACUUGAUCUAUCCACUAAGAAAAGUCCAUGUGCUGGCAGCGCUUCCCUGAGCCAUUCUCCAGGCUGCUCCAGUACUCAAGGGAACGGGCGACCUGGGAGACCCAGCCAGUACCGCCCAGACGGACUUCGGAGUGGUGAUGGGGUACCUCCAAGAAGCUUACAGGAUGGAACCAGGGAAGGUUUUGGACACUCCACAUCACUCAAAGUUCCACUGGCUCGAUCCUUGCAGAUUAGUGAAGAACUACUGAGCAGAAACCAAUUGUCUACAGCUGCCAGCCUUGGGCCAUCUGGAUUACAGAAUCAUGGACAACAUUUAAUAUUAUCCAGGGAAGCCUCUUGGGCAAAACCACAUUACGAGUUCAACCUCAGCCGUAUGAAGUUCAGGGGAAAUGGUGCACUCAGCAACAUCAGUGACCUUCCUUUUCUUGCAGAAAAUUCUGCCUUUCCAAAAAUGGCACUUCAAGCAAAACAAGAUGGAAAAAAGGAUGUGAGCCAUUCAUCUCCUGUAGAUUUAAAGAUACCACAAGUUAGAGGAAUGGAUCUUUCUUGGGAGUCUCGCACUGGUGAUCAAUACAGCUAUAGCUCUUUGGUAAUGGGUUCACAAACGGAGAGCGCGCUUAGUAAAAAAUUAAGGGCUAUUCUUCCAAAACAAAAUAGAAAAAGCAUGUUAGAUGCUGGACCCGAUUCUUGGGGCUCAGAUGCUGAGCAGUCUACCUCUGGACAGCCAUAUCCCACAUCGGAUCAAGAAGGAGACCCUGGCUCCAAGCAGCCUCGAAAGAAAAGAGGGCGUUACAGACAGUACAACAGUGAGAUACUGGAGGAAGCAAUCUCAGUGGUUAUGAGUGGAAAAAUGAGUGUUUCCAAAGCUCAGAGUAUUUAUGGGAUUCCCCACAGUACACUGGAGUACAAAGUAAAAGAGAGGCUGGGCACUUUGAAAAACCCUCCAAAGAAAAAGAUGAAAUUAAUGAGGUCGGAGGGGCCAGAUGUUUCUCUAAAGAUUGAAUUAGAUCCCCAGGGAGAGGCAGCACAAAGUGCAAAUGAAUCAAAAAACGAGUAGGAAUACUGUAGAGUGCCAAUUACUGUACAAACUGGGUGAGCACUACUGCAUCAUUGUUCAGCUGUCAUUGCUUGCACGUAACUUCAUUUACUGUGACACUUGUUUCUUUGCAGAUUUUGCAUUGACUUGUGUGUACAGAGGUGAACGGUGCAUUCUGAAUGUUGCAUAUUUUAAAAUUUUCAUGUGCAGUAUGGCUCGGAAUAUUGUUUGGCCUUUUGCAUGUUUCUCUACAAGAGAGAAUUGAGUUACCUCACAGAGAACAGAUACAUGGAAGUGGACUCCUUGCCUGUAGAGCCUGCAUGCUUUUCUUUCCUUCUGUUUUUUCUUAAGUUAUAUUUGUUUUUACUUUUAAAAAAAGAAGAGGAAAAAAGCCCCCUUUUAGAAACCACCUCUGUCAUAUUGGGAGCUUUAUCAUUGCAAAUUGAAACCAUCUUCUAAAAUUAUUCACAUUUUUCUUCUACGAUUCAACCAAUUGAAGGAUUAAACUAAAGAAACAACUAGGAACAACAAUGAACCUUUGAAUUUGAGAUAUUCGGUUAUUCAGUGCUUAUUAUUGGUCAUUUAUAGUUAUAGUUUAUAAUUUUCUUCUCACUCUUAAAUUUACUUAACAAAUUAGCAAGCUAUUUAGUGCUCACCCAGAGGGGAAGGAGGUGGAAAAUGUGCACACACUACCUUCAGAAAUGCUUCAGUUAAUUACUUUGAACACUACCUUUGCUAUAAUUUCAUUUGAGAUUUUCUAAGGGUACAAUUUGGUCUCACCAACAAGUGAGGAUAUAGCCUUAUCUCAUGGAGGACGAGCUCCUUUCUUACUCAGGAGCAGUCAGGGUACAUUACAUAAAACAAUGGAGGAUGCCUCAUUUUAGCAAACCAGUUUUUUUGUAUUCUUCAGUCCUUUUACAGAAUUGAUCAUGUGCUAACGACUGAAUAUCAUUGCAGCAACUAGUUUACGAUGCUCAAGAUCUGUUUAUUGGGGAUGGGAGAAAUAGGGAAAGAAAUGUGUAUAAGUAAUUAUGAUAUUGCAAAAGUGAUAUUUAGAUUUUACAGCCUCAGUUGUCUGCCCAAUAUCCACGUUAAUAAAGGAUCCAUGUAUGUGGUGAGAGAAAAAAACACAAUUCCAGGGUAACCUGAUAUGAUUUAGGUGGAAUAUCAGCUCUAACAAUAAUUCAAUCAGGAAUCAAGCUCAUGGGAGUUUUUUUUUUAAAACUAAUCCAAAUACUAGUACAAGGGUGGGAGAGGUGGUUUUUCUAGUUUUUAUUUAAAAUUGUUGAUUUUUUUUUUCUUUUUUUGGCAUCCUAUAUAAUAUCCCCUUCUUAACUUUUUCUGAUAAUUAACUGAUGUUCAUGGUUGUUUAGCACACAAUUCAGGAUCAUGUUUGUAUAAGCACUCCUUGAAGAACAUCUAAGCUUUUUUUUGAGAUGGGCUUUUAAAAAUUGUAGUAAUUAAAUUCAGAAAGUUUAUUUUCUACAGUUUUUGCAAAAAUAACAGAUAAGUAAAGCCCAUGGAAUUUAAUUCUGCUUUGUGUGACCAAAUUAAAAUUACUAUUUGUGUAAAACAAAAUCCACACCACAUAUACCCUAUAUUCUAAUUUGCUGAGAAAGGUGGUCAGGCCCUUCUAAAUGCUUAAGCAAAAACAAACAAAAAUCAUUGGAAUUUUAAUGUAAAAUAAAAUCAAACUUGGAGCGUUGGUUAGAUUGAAGUUGAUAAUUUCAGAUGGAUACUAACAAUUUGAAGAAAAGUAGGUCCAGAUAUUCCCAAGGCAUAAAUUCUUGCCUGGAAACUUUGGAGCAAUUAAUUAAAUUAGGAAUAAGGAUAGUUUUCCCUCAGCAACCUGUGUGUUCAAAGGUUAGGCACACCAUUGCUGUUAGUAAACGUGAACUGCUCAUUCUUGACAUAGCCUGGGUGUGGGUUCCUCUUUUGAUUUGGUGGUUUUGUGUAGCAGUUUAAUCAGUGGAUGACUGAGCCUGUUUCCUCUGAGCUUUCUAGUCUUCUCAACAUAAAAAGCAGUUUGGGUUUGGUAGCAGUUUGGUGUAUGACUGCGAUAUUUUCUCGCCUAGCUGGAAGUUGCAAUAAAACAUACAUUAUGUGAAAUGUGUGGUUUUCAUCUGCAGUUGAAAGAAGUUGUAGAAAGUUUGCUGAAAGCAAAGGCCUAAGCUUAUGAAGGAACACCUCCUUUGUUCCACACUCAAGGAUUUGUCAGCACACAAUUAAUUGCAACUAGAGUGCCUUUUUGCAUGUUUGGGGUAUUCAGUAGCCCAAGAUUGCUGCAAAAAGGUACUUUGGGAAAUUAAUUUGUGCUUGCUUUUAUCCCCUCUCAGAAAGAUAUCGCUUAAAGGCCCAUUUAAAAAUCUGGCCCUAAAAGUUCAACUUUUGUAGAGUUUUACUGUUCAGAGAGGUUUAAUCCUAUGUGGUAGUCUAUAUAAGUGAUGUAUGAGUUGAGUUAUGUAAAUUUUGUCAUUGUAGUGUACAUGGAGUGAUCAUUCUACUAACAUAAAUAUUUUCUAUGUGUGUUUCAGUGGAUGACAAUCGAGCAGCAGAAGAAUGGUGUGCCUACCCUUUAAUGCUGCAGUUUAAAUAAGAGAACUUGUAUUGUGUCAUUUCAGAUUGUAGGCUGAGAGUUGUAAAUAGUGAAAAUUUGAGUACUUCUAUUAUUUGUUUUGGUUAGAAAGUGAAUUUUAAAAACAAACCAAACUCUAAACUUUCUCAGAUUAAAAGUCCUGAGACCUGAAGAUUGUAAUAUUCAUGUCUGUGAAGCUUUUAAACAUUACACUUGAGAUCAGUCAUGACGUGAUAUUCAGGUAAAUUUUCUUUUCCAAGAAGCUUUUGAAUAAGCAUAUUUCCUCCAAAGGUCUCUCUCUCUUUUUUUGAGUGUAGAUUAUUUUAAAGCACUAAUUGCAUUACAUUGGUAACUGCAAUAUAAAAUAGCCAUUAUUGUUUUGUGAAGCAUGGUUGAAAUUAGAUAGUGGUCCCUUUUAAAUUUCAUGAGCCUCUCAAAAAAAAAAACUUAAAAAAAAAAAAAACAAAGCUGCUGAAUAUUUCAAAAGAUAUAUAUUUUACCUUAUUGUAGGUUUUGUAAAGUUAGUUUGUAAUAUUCAGGUGCACUUUUAAUGUUAAAUUUUGUGUUCAGAGUUCCAUUAUACCAUGUGUUUCUUGGAGGUGGCUCAUCACAUGGCUGGCUGUCAGUCUUGGUGCCGCAGUGAUUCCUUAAUAUUUGAUUUCUCUAUUGAUUUGCCACUGUUCUGUAUUGGCACUUUCAGUGUAGAUAUUCUGGUUUGGGGAUGUCUUCAUAAAUGUGUAAUAGAGAUUGGUCUAUUCGCAUGCUUAAGUUCUGCUAAUCAGAGUUUUUUGUGUGGCCCAGACAACAGUUGACCAUUUUUAUGGUAUGGGAAAGUGUAGUUCACGACUGUCUUUGUCACAAAAGCCUUUUUUCCUCACGUUUUCCAGUAAGCAAAUGAUGACAUUACUCAAAUUGUAUAACAUUAUUUGAACUAUUGAUAGGAGAUAAUGUAUUUAAAAUAAAUUUUUGCAUUUUUAAAGAGAGAAACAUUGAUAUAUAGAGUAGAUAAGCUAUGGCACUAUAAAAUCAAAAACACUAAUUCUCUGGAAGAAUAUCUAGUUGGUAUUUUUAUCUAUAGCUUUCCCAUUUCUGAGACAGCAUAGUCAUCAAGCUUGACAAUAAUGUAGUGUAUUAUAUUACUUUGUUCAGUAGGCUUACAAAUGACUCUGAGUUAUGUUUGUGAUGAGCUUUUUCUGUUCCCCAAAUACCAUGAAGGACAAGGUCUCUCUUUCAGGAAAAAUAAUUUAUAUUUGUGUAUAAUACUUUUUAAUAUUAAGUUUGUUGUUAUUCUGAAGUUUAGAUGUUGCUUGAUAAACCUUUGCUGCAGCAGAUCAUGAAUAUGAGUAAGGCUUUGUGUGAUAAUAGGGGUCCUUAUGUGAAGUUAAUUACUGUUCAGUUCUGGUGAGCAAGCUCAGCAAGUGUGAAGUGUGUAUUAGCUUUAUUUGGUACACUUUUACUUUACAAUAUUGAAGUGCUUUUAGAACUCUGGUUAUCUUAUAUAAACCAUUACCUCAACCAAUUGGCAUUUCUAUUCCCCAACAUUUUACCUUAGCUAUAAUGUGAGCUAUAUGGGAUCAGAUAGUAAAACGAUAAAAGGCACAAUGAGAAGUUUAGUUCCCAAUUUUCUGGAGAGAACUCUAAAUUAGACUAAAAAUGACUACCUGUUAAGGCCCGUAUCAUAACUACCUUCUGUCAUUAGGCAGUACAUAGCAACCUUUGAGCUGCUGUGUGGUCUCCCCCUACCCCAAGUAAGCACAUAGUGCCAGGCCUGGUUCUAAGCCUUUGUGAUUCUCUUACAUCUAGGUGACCCGUAAUAGUGAAGCUUGGAUUCAUUUAGUUAUUUUCAUAAAACAAGUUAGUAAGUCAGCUCAAUAUUAAAACCUGAAAAUAUUUUGAGUAGUUAACAGCAGAUAUGACAGAUCAAUGUAAUUUUAUUUAACAGCUUUUGUCCUUGUAGACUUCAUCUGAAACCACAUAUUUUUGCUUUCAUAAUUCUUCUUUGUUUACCUAAAUGCCAGAGGUUGUUUUCAUAUGAACCACUCUUUUCUAUAUAUUCAGGUUGCUGUCAUUGGUGAUAGAAUAGGGCAAUAGACCGAAUUGCUCCACUUAAUGUUUUAUAGGAGAUUUUGAAAGUUGUGGGUUAAAUUUUGACCUUCAUGAAGAUAUCAAAGAUUAUUUUCCUUGUUACCUUUCUAUUAGAAUUAGGUCUUCAUUAAUCCUGUGGUCAGGCCAGUAUUAUUAAACCUGAUGGCUUUAGCAAAACAGCCCAUUUAGGAGACUGUUAAUCUAUAUAGGGAUUUUUUAAAAAGCUAAUUGCUUUCAAAAUCUACUGAAAAGGAAAAAAAGGUACAAUUGUGGUACAAGGAAUGCAGACCUCCAGACUCUUUCUUCUUAGUUUAUUUUGGAUUAAUUCUGUCCUGCAGACUUGAAUAGGAUUUGUGAACACAGUGACUGAAGGGAAAAUGGAGGAAAUUCUUUGCAUAUCCUCUUUUAUUCCCAAGUAAUCUUUCAGUCACCCUUUAAAGAAACAGACAUUAGACCUGUAGCAUAACACUGUAGCUGUAUGUCCUAAGUGUUAUGAAGGAGAUUGGUGGGGGCAGGGUGGAGUAGGAUGGGAAAGCAUGUAGAUUUUUGAGAAGAGGCUAAAGAUUCUGCCCUAUAAUACUAAAAAUAAGUCACAAGAUAAUGUGGUAAAGUUGGGCCAUCUUCAUUUGGUAGAAAAAUCUUUUAGGUUCUUUGAAAAUGAGAAUCAAGGCUAAUUAAUGUUGAGUUGACAAACAGUGAAAUAUGUGUUAAUUCUGCAACUAUUUGGGGGGUAAUUUUAAGGUUUCCAGUUCAUUUAGAGCUGUCUGUAUCAAUAAAAGCUGAAAAGCAAGCACUUUUCGUUAAUUAUAGAUUUAUUGGAUGUAGCAAAUAUUAUAAUAUUUAAUCUUUAUUGUUUGAAUGUGGAAAUGAACUCUUUACCCCAUCUUGAACUGUCAUUAUACAGGUGCAAGAUGAUCUUUUCAACACUGGAAAUAACCCUACACACAUACCAAAAAAAUCUAAAGCAGUAAGACAUAUUUGAAGAUCCAUACCUCUUAAACUUUUUAGAUUUGUCUUGGGAAAGAAUUUAUGAACCUAUAACCAGUAUUAGUGCAGUCUUGGGUUCCUUGUUCUGCAUAAUUGCACCCUUUCUCAGGUAUGUCCUGAAAACAUAAAUUUUAAAAUAAUCUCUUUAGAGAUUAGAUUCUCAGUGGAUAGUGUGUAAGGGACUGGGGGUGGGGGGUUGGGGGUAGUUGGACACAGGACACUGACACAGUAGAGCAGGGAUUUUUAACAGUCAAUAGCCAAAUAGAAUUUCAAUCUAGAAUAUUUUUACCCCCUCAGAAUGAGUGAAACAACUUCUAUUAUUUGGUAUACCUGGUGCUACACUCCUAAAAGUCUUUUCUUUCAUCCAGGUGACUUUUUUUCCUGCUUGGUGGAAGGGUAUAUAGUAAACUUUUAUUGUCACUAGGAAAGCACUUGUCCAAAAUGUUUAAAGUACUAGAAAAGGGAUAAUUCAGCACUUUUUCUGUUACAACACUAAAGUCUUAAUUUAUCUUCAGAGUCUUAGGUACUGUAAGUUUUAGGAUGAUUAUUUAAAAAUAUAAAACAUGCUACAUAAUAUGGGGUCAGAUCACAUUUAUAUAAAUCUUAUUUUAAAAAAAGACAAUAUCAUUUUGUACCUUUCUAGCAGUUCCAAGUGAUUGCCUCAUUUUGUCCAUUUUAUUAAGCAUUCAGGCUUAAGAAUUUGGAAUUUGAGAGAAGGUGAGGGGGAAAAUUCCCCAAAAUGAAAAAUUGUGUCAGACCAUUUUAGAAAAAUAAAUCACUAGGAAAAUGGGUAGGGAUUCUCUCCCCCUUUAAGUCUUCAGGGAAUGAGCAGUAUUUAGAAUCUUUGGCUGAAAUUCAAGCCUUUUUACUGUGUAAAUUUUUAAUAUUAAUUCACUGACAUGCUUUUUACACCAGAGGACUGAAAAUGGAUCUUAAUGUUUUUAAGUUGUGGAAGGGUAUAUUUCUAAAAUGAGGGGGGAUAAUUAACUAGGUUAGUAUUACCAGCAUUAGUAAGUUUAAGGAAUUUUAGUAUGUAAUAGCAAAGUGUUUGAUUAAAAGUCUAAUCCUAUAUUGUUAGUCAAAAUUAGUUACAUUCUGAUCUAGGAAAGAUAUAGUCAUUGGAUAUUGAUAUGCUGUGCUGUCAGAAAACCAGACUAAGAUAGAAACCUUUAUCUGACUCCCACAUGUUGCUUGUUCUGAUGGGAUGUAUACUUUUUAGCAGUUUGUUGCUGCUUUGGGAAAAAAUGUAUAAACUAUACAUUUGGAGUGUUUGCAUAUAAUUCUUUAUAACCUCCACUUUAAACUGUCAGACAUUGGUAUUUUAUCAGUCCACACUGUUCAGUAAAACUAAUGUUCUUAGGAAUCCAACUUGUACACAGUUUUAAAACCCUCAGGGACAGUUUACACACUCUUCUCACUCAAUUCAGGUACUUUGAUGCUAUUCUUAAACCUAACAGUGACUUGUAUUUUUCUGUUUUGCUUUUAUUUCGACGUGCUGGUAGCACAUCUUUGAUGAAUGUCAACUUAAAAACUCAGUUCAGGUAUCCAGGUAUAACUCAGCCAAACAGAUUUUAAAGCUGCAUAUAACUCUCCAGCACACGGUGCCUCACACUCUUAUAGUGGCAUUCUAUAUAUUCAGUUAUUACUACUGAGCAGAUAAUACGGGGGUUCCUGUUAACAGUGUAUUUUUUAAAAAAUGUGCAUAAGUAUAUAGCCAGCACACCUCACCUGCCCACCCACGACCCACACACACACACACACACACACACACACACACACUAUAUAUUUUUAAAUGCCACUAAUAGCCAGCACAAUGAAAACAAAAGACAUUCCUAGCUGCUUCUGUAAACUUUAACAGAUGCAGUUCCUCCUUGAUGUGGCUCUUGCUUCUUCACCAUAACUACUAUUAAAUUCAAGCACUGGUCCUUGGGUGUCUGACCUCUACAUUCUAGUUUAUGCAAUGUCUUUAGAGAAUUUUGUGCACUGGCCACUGUGAUGGAACCAUUGGGCCAGAAGUGCUUUGAGUUUAUCAGUAGUGAUUCUGCCAAAGUUGGUGUUGUAACAUGAGUAUGUAAAAUGUCAAAAAAUUAGCAGAGGUCUAGGUCUGCAUAUCAGCAGACAAUUUUAUCAUUGUAUUUUGUAGCCUUGAAGUUCUCAGUGACAAGUUUCUUCUGAUGUGAAGUUCUAAUUCCAGUGUUUUGGUCCUUCACAUCUUUGUUAAGACUUGUCGCUUAAAAACUUUUGUUUUCUACAGUACUGUCUGUGGUUAACAAAAUAGAUUAUUCCUCUGCUCUAAUAUUUGAUAUCUUACAUUUAAAAGAAAUUCUUUCCAUAUAUAAAGCCCAUAGCCUUUGGAGAUAUGGAAAAUGGCAUCUUUCAGAUUUCUAGAAGUUCAAGUGUCAUGCAACAAAACAGGAACCCCCUUUACUCUUAUGGACCUCAUUUCAAUAUACUGUUUACAGUUUGACGGAAUUGUAUAAUUUAAUAUUUCUCUUGUACUGUAGUUUAUAUUUAUUUACAGAUUUUUUUGUACUGUGUGAUUUGAACUUUUUGUUCUUUGCUAUGAUCAAUGUUUAUGUAGUAGAGCACUUAUGAUCACAAAUUAAGUUUUUUGGUUUGAUUGCACUACAUUAAAUUUUUUAAUGCAGUUCUGAUUUUUGACUGGACUAAAAUAAGCUGUGUCUUAAUGUAUGUGAUGAGUACUUAAAAUUUUAAUUCAUGUGGUCCCCCCCCCUUUUUUUUUUGCGUUGUAUGUCAGAAGCGCUAGUUCUUUCGUGCAUGUGUAAGAUUUAAUGGUUCCAUUGUAUUAUUUGACCAUGACGUUUUGGAGAAACAUUCCCAGCUGUAAUGUUGUGUAUGGUAGUUCUCACUGGAUGCUAGACUUUUCAAAACCACUAUUCUUCUAAUAAAUUUUGUUGUGAAAAA